GCAGGAAAAAUAUUAUUAAUGGCGAAGGAUCAAUUCAGCUUGCGGUGCAGUUGCUACACUCUUCUCUUACUUUCUUCCCUUUCUUCAUUUUUUGUGCUUGCAUAUUGGUCCUAUUUCUCCAUUGAUUGCCAUCCCCAUGAUCUAACCCAAAUCUCCAUCUUCCACAUUAAAGAAAAACAAGAUUUAAACCUUCUCACAUUCCCAUCAUCUUGGAAUUCUCUGCAGUUCCUCCCCUCCGAUUCCAACGCAGUCCCGCCACGGAUUCUCAAAAUCGCACUCUUUGUCAAAAAAUGGCCCGACAAGUAUCACGCCGGUGGGCUCGAACGCCACGCCUCGACUCUCCACCUCGCUCUCGCCGAACGUGGCCACCACCUCCAUGUUUUCACCACCUACUCCUCCUCAACUAACGCAACCUCCUCACUCUCGAAUUUACAUUUUCAUCUCUCCAAACCAACUAGUGGGGGUUAUCUUGACCAAGCCACCAUUUGGGACCAAUUCCAAGCCGAAAACUCUAAAGUUAGACCGUUUGACGUGGUCCACACCGAAAGCGUAGGGCUCAUGCACACUAGAUCAAGAAACCUAACCAACCUAGCCGUUAGUUGGCAUGGGAUCGCGUACGAAUCUAUACACUCCGACAUUAUUCAAGAACUCUCUCGGCCGCCCGAGGUGCCGCAAUCAUCUAUUCUCAAGGAAAGAGUAUUAAAAGUAGUCGAAGAAAUUAAAUUCUUUCCACGCUACGCACAUCAUGUUGCCACUAGCGAUCACGUCGGAGAUAUCCUCAAACGUAUCUAUAUGCUUCCGGAAGAUCGCGUGCAUAUUAUUCUCAAUGGUGUAGACGAGGAGAUUUUCAAGCCUGACGCUCGUGAUUUCAAGCCGGAGUUCAAUAUUCGAGAAUCUAAUAUUUCGCUAAUUCUUGGAGUCGCGGGGAGGUUAGUCAAGGACAAGGGUCACCCCUUGAUUUUCGAAGCGCUAAAGCAAAUAUUCAACGAGAGUUCGACUUUUCGGGAUAGUGUGGUUGUUCUUGUGGCUGGAGAUGGUCCGUGGAGCGCUCGAUACAAAGAACUUGGAUACAAUAAUAAUAAUGUACGUGUUUUAGGGCCGUUGGAACAAGAUCGACUUGCGAGGUUUUAUAACGUUAUUGAUAUAUUUGUAAACCCGACGCUUCGUGCUCAAGGGUUGGACCACACCUUGUUGGAAGCCAUGCUUGUAGGGAAGCCGUUAAUGGCAACAAAAUUGUCUAGCAUCACCGGUUCGGUGAUUGUGGGCCGUGAGAUUGGGUACACGUUCUCACCUACGGUGGAUGCGUUGAAGAAAACACUGUACGAGAUUUGGAGAGAUGGAAGAGGUGUGCUCGAGGAGAAAGGCCGAUUGGCUCGGGUAAGGGCUUUGAAAUUGUUUACGGCCACAAAAAUGACACUAGCUUACGAAAGGCUAUUCUUGUGCAUUGCCGAUAGUAAUAAUGGACAAGUUACAAAUGAUGAUUACUGCACUUACAAGCAUAAAGAUUGAGGCAACAUGAUAGCAAAAUCUCGAACUAGCUAGUCUUAGGGAGGUGCUUAACUAAUUAACUGUCAAUUAACUUCAGUUAGAGUUUCCUUACAUGUUCA